ACGAAGUAUCUUGAUCCGAGUGGGCUUGGAGUCAUCAGCUUUGAAGACUUCCACCGAGGGAUCAGAGCUAUCAAAAAUGGAGAUCCUGACAGCCAGUUGUAUGAUAUGGGAUAUACCCCUGAGGAAGAAGCCUCGGCCUGUCCUGAUGAGUUUGAUGACUUUGUCACGUUUGAGGCAAAUGAGGUGACUGACAGUGCUUACAUGGGCUCAGAGAGCACGUACAGCGAGUGCGAAACCUUCACGGAUGAAGACACCAGCACACUAGUACACCACGAGAUGCACGACGAGGUCGAAACAGACAGUGCCAUCGAUUCCACGGUGCAUUCGGAGUUCACGGACCCCAUCGAGGAGCCGGAGCACGGGUCCCAUCCACAUGACCUCCCCCUGGGCUCCGACCUCAACCACUCCAUCGUUACGGUAAUCAGCGGAGAGGAGCACUUUGAGGAUUAUGGAGAAGGGAAUGAAGCGGAUUUGUUCUCGGACAGCUUGUGUAAUGGGGAAAGCAGCUUUAACAGCUCCUCUUUCCUCUCUCCCAGCACCAAUCCGCUCGCUGCGAAACUGCACAGCAUUAUCGCAGAUGAAGCUUUUGAGUUUUACUGUAGCCAGUGCCACAAACAAAUCAACCGCCUUGAGGAUCUUUCUGCUCGCCUGAAUGAUCUUGAAAUGAAUAGUCCGAAUAAAAGACUCUCAAGCAAGAAGGUAGCAAGACAGUUGCAUCAGACAGGCGCACUGUCCGUGGGGGUGAUGGAGGAGUCCUACCGGGAUACUCUGGAUUGCACAGAAGAGGACAUCACGGACAAGGUGGUCUUCUUGGAGAAGAGGGUGACCGAGCUGGAGAAGGACACGGCUGCCAACGGCGAGCAGCACAGCCGGCUGAAGCAGGAAAACCUGCAGCUCGUGCACAGAGCAAAUGCUCUCGAGGAGCAGCUGAAGGAGCAGGAGCUGCGGGCUGACCAAACACUCCUGGAAGAGAUCAAGAAGCAGAGAGAGCUGCUGAGCAAAAUGGAGAGAGAGAAGAGCAUCGAGAUUGAGAACCUGCAGGCCAGGCUGCAGCAACUGGAUGACGAGAACAGCGAGCUGAGAUCCUGUGUCCCUUGUUUAAAAGCCAACAUUGAGAGACUCGAGGAGGAGAAGCAGAAGUUGCUGGAUGAGAUCGAAGACCUCACUGUCCAGCUCACAGAGGAGCAGGAGAACAAGAGGAAGAUGGGGGACAAACUGAAUCAGGAGAGGCACCAGUUUCAGAAGGAGAAGGAGUCUACGCAGGAGCUCAUCGAGGACCUCAGGAAGCAGCUCGAGCACUUGCAGCUCUUCAAGCUGGAAGCUGAGCAGCGACGAGGCAGGAGCAGCAGCAUGGGACUCCAGGAGUACAACAGCAGGACACGGGAGACUGAGCUGGAGCAGGAGAUCAAGCAGCUCAAGCAGGAUAACAGGAACCUGAAGGAGCAGAACGAUGAACUGAAUGGGCAGAUCAUUAACUUGAGCAUCCAGGGAGCCAAGAACCUCUUCUCAGCCUCCUUCUCAGAGUCCUUGGCUGCAGAGAUCAGCUCCGUCUCCAGAGACGAGCUCAUGGAAGCAAUUCAAAAGCAAGAGGAGAUCAACUUCCGCCUGCAGGAUUACAUCGACAGGAUCAUCGUGGCCAUCAUGGAGACAAACCCCUCCAUCCUGGAAGUGAAGUAAGGGCGGCCAAGAGCCGCGGGUCGCACGCUCUUCGUUGGGUUUGGAUUUGGUGCUCUGAGAGGAAAAAGAGGACUCAAAACGUCUUUGCUCCUGAUGAAGGCACAAGGAAGCAUCGCUUCAGAUUGAUGGGUCAAUAAUCCAGUGGACCGGGG